UUCUCCCCAUCUCCUUAAGCAUCAUGUCUUUUCGCUUGGGUGCGUCUUUGCUGUCAGACAUCGCUGUUCAAUUUACACGAGCAUUUCCCAUAUGCAGCCAUAGUUGGGUCGUAUGCAGUGAGAUGAGAUCGAUCAUGGCGGAUUCCACGGUGCCUUCCCAGACGCUACAUUGCCUGGUUCUCUCGUCUGCCCUGCUGCUGAUUCUUCUCCUCCUUACCUCCGAGCAUGCCGAGGGUCGCACCACUUCGCUGGGUGUUCAGGCCGCUGCGCUUCUCCACUGGAAAUCAUCGGUCAGGUACUCCUCCAAACACCAUCUCGGAACCUGGAUAGACGACGGCGCCAUGACUCCAUGCAACUGGACUGGCAUCACCUGUGGCGACACUCGGUCAAAUCAAGGAACCACGGUGAAGGUGAUCACAGGAAUUUCCCUCGCUGGUGCUGGCAUCACAGGGCGACUAGACACACUGAGAUUGCAGUCACUCCCUUACCUCGUCAACCUUGACAUCAGCGACAACAAUCUUCUCUCUGGUGCCAUCCCUCCUGGCAUCGGCUCCCUUUCCAUGCUUUCAAACCUCAACCUCUCAGUUAGCCAGCUCGGCGGGCACAUACCUGUGUCAAUCGGCAACCUUGGGAGGCUCACACAAAUGGACCUCUCCAUGAACAAUCUCACUGGCCAAAUCCCUCCUGCCUUGGGUAAUCUCUCAAGACUUGAUAUUCUUUACCUAGGUGGGAAUAGGCUCUCAGGUGACAUCCCAUGGCAGCUCGGACAGCUUCGGAACCUGAGGGAGAUGGAUUUGGCCUUCAAUGUCCUUUCUGGAAAAAUACCUUCCACCCUUGCUGUUAGGCAACCGACCUAUCUUGGCCUUGCUGAUAAUCGUCUGUCAGGACCCAUACCUGAGGAGCUAGGACAAGUCCAAACCCUGCAAGGACUAUACCUGGAGAAUAACACUCUGGACGGCGUCAUUCCGCCCACCCUUGGAAACCUCACAAUGCUCAUGUUCCUGUACACAUAUAAGAACCAGAUCACUGGUACGAUCCCGGAAGAGCUUGGGAUGCUCUCGAGCUUGACCAAGUUGGACUUUUCUGAGAACCGUUUGACCGGCUCUAUUCCUUCUAGUGUUGCUGGAAAUCUAACUUCACUAAGCUUUUUUUCUCUUUUCGAUAACCAUAUAACUGGAUCCAUCCCUCAUGAGUUCGGAAAUCUCGUGAAUCUCGAAGUGCUUGACAUCUCGUUCAAUUUCCUAGUUGGAUCAGUGCCGCCAAGUAUUGGGAACAUGUCUUCACUCAGCCUGAUAAGCAUAUUUAACAAUAAUAUCUCCGGGGAACUGCCAGCCGAGCUUGGAAAUUUGGAAAAUUUGGAAGCACUUCGAUUCCAUUUAAACCAGUUGUCCGGUGUAAUCCCUCGGAGUUUUGGAAAAUUGGUGAGGAUGACAGAAAUGCGACUAUUCAGCAAUCAGCUAUCAGGCCCUUUGCCUUCAGCACUCUCCAACCUUACCAAUUUGGUCCUCAUUGCAGUGAAUGACAACCAUCUGAAUGGACGCUUGCCAGAAUUUUGCCAGAGUAAAAAGCUACAGCUUCUCCAUGUUUUUAAUAACAAUUUGUAUGGUCCUGUCCCAAAAGGUUUGAGGGAUUGCAGGUCACUAAAAUCCCUCGCAAUCACUAAUAAUCAGAUUGAGGGAGACAUAGCUGAAGCAUUUGGGGUGUAUCCGAAUCUCAAUGAUAUUAAUUUAUCUUCAAACAGGCUCACUGGCCAGCUCUCGCCAAGUUGGGGCUCGUGUCAAAACUUGACAAGGAUUGCUUUUGCAAAUAACCUCAUAGAUGGCAGUAUACCUUCUGAGCUUGGGAAGCUACAAAAGCUUAAUACCCUCAAACUGAGUUUCAAUAGGCUGACCGGUGAGAUACCCGUAGAACUUGGAAAGUUAAGCAGCCUGUACUGGAUGGAUUUAAGAAACAAUCAACUAUCUGGACAGAUUCCUAAGCAAAUCGGCGAGCUUAACAAUCUUGAGAUUCUUCGUUUCUCAAGCAAUUUGUUGAGUGGUAAAAUACCAGAAGAGAUUGGAAGUUGUUUCAAACUACAAUCAUUAGAUUUGAAGGACAACAACCUGAGGGGAAGCCUUCCGCGUAGUUUGGGCCAUUUAGCUUCCCUGCAAAACAUGCUUGAUCUUAGUAUGAAUAGUCUCAGUGGACUGAUACCAUCGGAACUUAGCCAACUGGAGAUGCUGAUCUCUGUGAACUUCUCACACAAUCAAUUCAGUGGUGCCAUCCCUGCCUCCAUUGCAAGCAUGCAAAGCCUGUCAAUAUUUGAUGUAUCAUACAACUUCCUAGAAGGCUCUGUCCCAAAAGGGAUCCACAAUGCAUCAGCUGAAUGGUUUCUCCACAACAAAGGCCUUUGUGGAGACCUUGCUGACAUGUCUCCUUGUAAUUUUCCCUCUGCAGAUCAUAGUCAAAAGCAUCAAAAGAUUAUACUAUCAGUCAGUCUUGCUAUAUUUGUGGCUACUGUUUCAAUAGCAGCAUGUGUAAUAGCCCUUUUUAUUUCCCGCAAGAAAGUGUCUCCAAAAAGUGAUCUUCAGAGUAAAAGGGAUAUUUUAUCUGUAUGGGGCUUCGAUGGUAAAAUGGCAUUUGAGGAUAUCAUUAAUGCAACUGACAAUUUUGAUGAGAAGCAUUGCAUUGGAGAGGGAUCAUAUGGUAGUGUUUAUAAAGCUGAACUUCAAGAUGAACAAGUGGUUGCAGUAAAGAAACUCCAUGCAGGAGAUGAAGAGGCACAUGAUGAAGAAAGAUUCUUGCACGAGAUUGAAAUGUUAACAAAAAUUCGCCAACGCAGCAUCGUCAAGUUGUAUGGAUAUUGUUCUCAUCCACGGUACCGAUUCCUUGUGUGUCAAUUUAUAGAGAGAGGGAAUCUAGCCUCUAUCUUAAGCAAUGAAGAACAAGCAAUCCAGUUCCAUUGGCAAAGAAGGACAGCUCUGAUAAGAGAUGUGGCUCAAGCCAUCACAUACCUCCAUCAUGAUGUUCACCCACCAAUAAUUCACCGAGACAUCACAAGCAGAAAUAUCUUACUAGAUGCUGAGUACAGAGCAUUUGUUUCCGAUUUCGGUAUUGCAAGAAUGUUAAAACCCGACUCGUCAAAUUGGAGUGCACUAGCAGGGACAUAUGGCUACAUAGCACCUGAAUUUUCCUACACAUCUGUAGUUACAGAGAAGUGUGAUGUGUAUAGCUUUGGUGUCGUCGUGCUUGAGGUGUUGAUGGGCAAACAUCCAGGAGACAUACAAGAUUUUCUUUCUUUACUGGGUGACAAAUUUCUACCGGAAGAAAUUUUGGAUAAACAACUUCCACAACCCAAAACUGAGGAGGAGGCAGAAGACGUGAAGCGGUGUAUCUAUGUGGCAUUUGAUUGCCUUGUUCCGUCGCCCAAAGAAAGGCCAACUAUGCUGAAAGUCUAUCGAGAUCUUGUCAUCUGAGGUUACAUGUUAAAUCUUUGCGGAAUGUAUCAUCUUGGGCAUGUUUAGUUCAUAAUAAACUUACGUUAUCUUAGCUGUCCAAGCAUCUGUGAACCAAAUAACUAAUACUAUUUAUGUUGGGCAUCACA